AUGGCUGACGAGCUAAAACAAUACUGGGUAGAAGAGAGGCACAAAUCUCAACACGUACUCCUCUCCAUCAAUGGUGGAUAUGAGCGAAUCGCGCGGCACCACCAACGCGAGCCGCAGGGGUCGGUCAGGGUGGAUAUGGCCGCAGCGGCAGCGCUCGCCGCCCACCACCACCACCGCCGCCUCUCCUCCUCCUCCCCGGCGGCGAGGUCAGGAGCACUGCACCACCGCCUACCCUUCUCCUCGCCACCGCCUCCCCGACACGGCUGUUCCUGGGGCGCCCGUGCUCUCAGGUGCGCCGCCGCCGGCGAUGGAGGCGCCAGCAGCAGCAGAAGCACGGUGGCCCCGCCACCCGCGCCGCCGUCGUCGCUGGAGGAGCUGUACCGGAGCUGCACGAGCUGGACUUGGAGAGGGAUGCGCGUGAACUACCUGGUCCGCGGGGAUGGCCCGCCCCUGCUGCUCGUCCACGGCUUCGGCGCCUCCGUCGGCCACUGGCGCAGGAAUAUUGGCGUGUUGUCUGAAUCCUACACGGUGUACGCGAUCGAUUUGCUCGGUUUUGGCGCGUCAGAAAAGCCUCCUGGAUUCUGCUACACGAUGGAGACAUGGGCUGAACUGAUCCUGGACUUCUUGGACGAGGUUGUCAAGAGGCCCACGGUGCUCGUUGGCAACUCUGUCGGAAGCCUUGCAUGCGUCAUGGCUGCCGCAGAAUCCAGCAGAGACCUUGUCCGGGGCAUUGUCCUACUGAAUUGCUCGGGUGGCAUGAACAACAAGGCCAUCGUCGAUGAUUGGAGGAUCAAGCUGCUCCUGCCUGUCCUGUGGCUGAUCGACUUCUUGCUGAAGCGAAGGCGGAUCGCAUCAGCGCUGUUCGAGCGUGUAAAAGACAGGAACAAUCUGAAGGACAUCCUGCUCUCCGUCUACGGGAACAAAGAUGCCGUAGAUGACGAGCUAGUCGAGAUCAUCAGGGGGCCGGCGGACGGCGAGGGGGCGCUGGACGCGUUCGUGUCGACGGUGACGGGCCCGCCGGGGCCGAGCCCGAUCGCGCUGAUGCCGGCGGUGAGGGCGCCGGUGCUGGUGCUGUGGGGGGACCGGGACCCCUUCACGCCGAUCGACGGCCCGGUGGGGAGGUACUUCUCCGCCCUCCCAGGCGACCUCCCCAACGUGACGCUCCACAUGCUGGAGGGCGUCGGCCACUGCCCCCACGACGACCGCCCCGACCUCGUCCACGCCAAGCUUCUCCCGUGGCUCCACGGCCUCCCCUCCUCCGCCGCCGCGCCGCCGCCGCCGCCGGCGGCGGCUUAAUGCGGCAUCCGAUGAAAUAUAUUGCUGACGUGUACAGGGAAAUAUAUUAGGCCCAACUAAAUUUUAGAAAUGAAAGGAAUAAAUUCAUUUAAGAUUACUUAACUUGUCAACGAAUCUGAUUUUCAUCCUCCGAGAAAAAACUAGAUAUAAUAAGUCCCUCAAUUGUUAGAACCGGUACAAUAUAGGUACCAUGACGGUUUGGACAACGAUUUUAACUGAUGUGGAGUCUACGUAACUAAUUUGACUCGGUCUUCAUCGCUUAUAUAUCAUUUCAAUUCAAAACUAAUAAUAAAACUCA